AAUUGGGGCAGGUCCUUGGGAGGGCAAGAAAUUGCUUAGGAGCUUGGUUAUAAAAUGUGGACCCGAAUCCCGUGUGUCCGUGGAACUUCUGCUUUUGCGGCUUCCCCUUCACCAGGUUUGAAGUGCAAGUUUCAGGGCCAAGUAGCUGUCCUGACUGAGCCUGCAGCAGGAGCAGCCGGCGUCGGCUGGGCUUAAACUACCAGACAGUCUUUCUGCUCCCACCCCUUUCUCUCCACCAGACUCCCGCCCCUCGGGCCUCACUGUCGCCGGGUCGUGCCGCUAGAGUCGCUUGUUCUGAGAGCUUGGAUGCACUUGCCCUGCAGUUCCCGCGAACUUCUGAGUAGCUGCUGAGCCCCGUUGCCUGCGGAGCCUUCAGCUUCCACAGCCUCCAGAAUGCGCGCGUGGGCCUCCGUGGGCGUCCUGACCUCGCUGGCUUACUGCUUCCACCAGCGGCGGGUGGCCCUGGCCGAGCAGCGGGCGCCGGAUGGUCAGCGUCCAGUGGACCGCAGCCUACUGGAGCUGAAAAUGGUGCAGGUGGUAUUUCGACACGGGGCACGGAGUCCGCUCAAGCCGCUCCCGCUGGAGGAGCAGGUGGAAUGGAACCCCAAGCUUUUAGAGAUCCCACCUCAAACUCGGUUUGAUUACACUGUCACCAAUCUAGCCGGGGGCCCGAAGCCUCAUUCUCAUUAUGACUCUGAAUACCACAAGACCACCUUGAGGGGUGGCGUGUUUGCUGGGCAGCUGACCAAGGUGGGCAUGCAGCAGAUGUUUGCCCUGGGAGAGAAACUGAGGAAGAAUUAUGUGGAAGAUAUCCCUUUCCUUUCACCGGUCUACAACCCACAAGAGGUCUUUAUUCGCUCCACCAACAUGUUUCGGAAUCUGGAAUCCACUCGGUGUUUGCUGGCCGGGCUUUUCCAACGUCAGAAAGGACCUGCCAUUAUCCAUACUGACGAGGCAAGCUCCGAAGUCCUGUACCCCAACUACCAGAGCUGCUGGCUCCUGAGAGAGAGGACCAGGGGCCGGAAGAAGGCUGCCAUCUCACAGCCAGGCAUCUCAGAGGACUUGGAGAAGGUGAAGACCGGGGUGGGCGUCAACAAUGGUGAUGAAGUGGACUUCUUCGUUCUCCUGGACAACAUGGCUGCCGAGCAGGUGCACAGCCUUCUGAGUUGCCCGGCCCUAAAGAGAUUCGCCCAGCUGAUUGAGCAGAGAGCGGUGGACAUGGCCCUGUACAUGCUGCAGCAGGAAGACAGGGAAAGUAUCCAGAUGGCGGUGGGCCCAUUCCUACACAUCUUGGAGGGAAACCUGCUCAAAGCUGUGGACCCUACCACCCCACCCGGCAAAACCAGAAAGAUGUACCUCUAUGCGACACAUGAUGUAACGCUCCUGCCUAUGCUCUUGGCCUUGGGGAUUUUUGACCAAAAAUGGCCCCCAUUUGCUGUUGACCUGACCAUGGAACUCUACCAGCACCAAGAAUCUAAGGAGUGGUUUGUGCAGCUCUAUUACAAUGGGAAGGAGCAGGUACCCAGGGGCUGCCCCGACAAGCUGUGUCCACUGGACAAGUUCUUGAACACCAUGUCAGUUUACUCUGUAAGCCCAGAAAAAUACCGAACACUCUGCUCCCAAGCACAGAUAAUGGAGCUUGGAGAGUGACUUGUUUACACAGACAAGUUGAUUUUUAAAUAAAGUGCCUUUAUAAAAAAGAGUA